UUCACGUCGCUGCUUUAUGUAUCUGACAGUCCAUAAAUUGGCUUUCUAUUAUUGGUGGCCUUUAGAAGUUGGCAUUCAACAAAGAGCCACAUGAAAAGAUGAGUUUAAGUGUCUUUGGUGUGAAAGAGCGUCAGAAAUUUUUCUGGAAAUAUUAUCGCCGGUGAAAUGGAUCAGGACGGGGACGCCGUUAUCUUCACCUGUAACGACCACCAUCUCAAAACUUUCAAGAAGAUGGAGGGUUAUCGCAAAGAUUCUAAACUAUGUGAUAUUAUUUUGGUGGUUGGGGAGAAGAGGAUUAAGGCUCAUCGACUCGUUCUCGCUGCUUUCAGCGACUAUUUCAGCGCUUUGUUCACUGGUGAACUCUGUGAGAAGGGACAAAGUGUGGUGCAUUUAACUGACAUGGAUCCCCAAGCUGUUGAAGAUCUCGUUCAGUAUGCCUACACUUCUCAUAUCGAAAUUCGCGUAGAUAACGUGGAGAACUUACUCUCAGUGUCGUGUAUUUUACAGAUUGAUGAAGUGAAGGAGGCCUGUUCUGAAUUUAUGAAGCAUCAACUGCACCCUAGUAACUGUUUGGGUAUUCGUGCUUUUGCCGAUGGACACGGUUGUAGUGAACUGUAUAAAAUCGCUGAUGCGUUUACGAAGGAGCGAUUUGUUGACGUUGUCAAAAAUCAAGAAUUUGUGCUUUUGAGCUCGGAAUGCGUGGCUCGUCUUCUUUCAAGCGAUGAUCUGAAUGUUUCUUCUGAAUCGCAAAUUUUUGACGCUCUCUGCAUGUGGGCAGAGUACGAUAAAGAAAGUAGAAAGAAAGUAUUGCCGAGAUUGUUGGGACUUGUACGAUUGCCUCUACUUGCGCCGGAAUUUCUUGUUGAUAAAGUGGAGAUGUCAUCUCUAUUCCGUGAUAUCAGCUCCUGUAGGGAGCUCAUUAUCGAAGCAAUGAAAUACCAGCUUCUACCAAAACGGCGAUUUCAACUUCAGAAUUCAAGGACAACCCCAAGAAAGUCUACAGUUGGCAAACUUUAUGUCGUUGGAGGCUCUUUUCUUCCCAAUUUAGGAAUGGAUUCAUCCAAGGGGGCAAUCCAAAUUGAGCACUAUGACCCACGCAAGAACCAGUGGUCUGUGGUGUCUCCAAUGGUUACAAGAAGGCUGCAGUUUGAUGUGGCAGUGGUAGGUGGUAAUCUCUAUGUUGUGGGAGGCAGGGAUGGAUUGAAGACAUUGAAUACUGUGGAAUGUUACAAUCCAAGGACAAAACAGUGGAGUCCUGUGCCAUCCAUGAGCACUCAUCGUCAUGGGUUGGGUGUGGCAACCUUGAAUGGCCCUCUUUAUGCUGUGGGUGGCCAUGAUGGCUGGUCUUACUUGAGCACGGUGGAAAGAUUUGACCCUGAUACUAAACAGUGGAGCUUUGUUACACCAAUGACGACAGCUCGUAGCACCGUGGGAGUGGCAAUACUUAAUGGUAGACUCUAUGCAGUUGGAGGAAGGGAUGGUUCUUCUUGUCUGAACUCAGUUGAGCGUUAUGAUCCUCACACCAACAAAUGGUCAGUCACUUGCCCAAUGCUUAAGAGAAGGGGAGGUGUUGGUGUGGCUGUUCUUGAUAAUUUUCUGUAUGCUCUUGGGGGUCAUGAUGCACCUGCCAGCCAAGACUGUUCUCGCCAAUUUGAUUCAGUGGAAAGAUACAACCCUAAUACUGACCAGUGGACCAUGGUUGCACCCAUGAUCAACUGCCGUGAUGCUGUUGGUGCAGCAUGCCUUGGUGACAGGUUGUAUGCCAUUGGUGGUUAUGAUGGAUCCAAAUAUUUGAGUGCAGUGGAGUCGUAUGACCCUGAGAAGAAUAAAUGGGAAGAAGUUGCUUCUCUUAACUCUGGAAGAGCUGCAGCCUGUGUGGUGUCUGUAUCAAGUGAUCCAGUAGCAGGUUGAUUUUUUGGCCAACCUUUUUGGACAAAUUAUUAUUUUUAUUGACUUAAAAGUAGUACUCUUCAGCUGAGAGAUCUGGAAACUGUAAGCACCCAAAAUAUUUAUGGAAAUCAACUGAAUGACAUAUUGAGAGAUAACUAGACUGAGGAAACUCUUCUGUGAAUUGUUUGUGGUUUACUCCAGAACCUAUCCCUUAUCUUCAAUUAAGUUAUGAGUGAUUAAGUCACUCAUAAAACAAUAAGCAUUCACAAAAUAUUUUAGGUGUUCAUGGUUUUUUCAAGUUUGAUGGUAGUUUUUGCUCUUCAUUUUUGAAUAGUUUUUGCAGCCCAUGAAUACACAGAGAUACUAAUUAAAAGGAUGAAGGGUUUUAUGUUCAGUAUAUAAUUUAAAGUAUUGUCAAGUAUUUAUCAAAUAAGAGAUAUACUAUGGUGCAAUCUGUUUGGGGGGAAAAAAACCGUAGUGUCCAUUAUUAGAAAGUGAUAGCCAUAUACAAAUGGAAACUGACAGAUUUUUACAUUAGGUAAAAUAAUGGAAAGUGCAUUCUUUUGUGAGAUGAAAAAUGUUGUAGUUUUUUAAUUGAACUGGAGAUAAGGAUGUGUUUGAAUUCUUUUGAAGUCUUUGGAGACAAUCAGGUCUUGUACGAAUCAUUUCAUCCCUUUUCUCCAUAAGUGGUUAGAGUUACCAGAGAGUUAUUUGAUUUUUCUCUUCUUGUUACUGUUUCUAUGAUGAGAAAGAUAUCUUUGAUCCUCCUUGAAAAUAAUUUUUUUGAUAGACAAUUCUUGGUUGAUAUUUGAUUUAAUAUUUUUGUCCCAAAGCAUUCUUUUUAUGCAAAAGAUUAUUUCAUUUAGUAUUUAUUAUGCGCAGAGUCUGAAAUUAUCACAAGUUAAAUCCAAAACUACUGACAGAAAAAGAUGGUUAUGAAAUAUUAAGUUUCUAGUAACAUUUCUCAGUUACUCAGAUGUUGUUGGCAUCUUACUGAUGGGGCAGAUAGCUUUGAAUAAUUAACUUGAGAGACGAAAUUGACAAAAAUGGAUAUAAAAUAAUUUUAUUUGAUUUAUGAUAAAGUUGGCAAUGAUUUGAUCAGAAAAUUUUGCAGGGAUUUUAUUUUUUACAUGGUUAUGAUUUAAUUUUUUUUUUACGGACAAGUUUUUGCAGUCAAAAUGACUGGGGCAGAUAGCUUUGAAUAAUUAACUUGAGAGACAAAAUUGACAGAAGAAUAGUUAUAAAAUUGAUUUAUGAUAAAGUUGGCAAUGAUUUGAUCAGAAAAUUUUGCUGAAAUUUUAUUUUGUACAUGGUUUUAUUUAAAUUUGUUUUUUAAGGGACAGGUUUUUGCAGUCUAAGAUUACUAAAACAUCUGUUGGGGACUCAGUUUUAAAAUUUUAUGUUCACCCACUAGCACAUUGACAAGGAAAGAAAUAGUUUUUCUUAUUUGUGGAGUCAUACAGGGGUGGGUUUCAUCUAAGAUUUCUUUAACGAAUGACUCUAUGAGUGAGUCUGAAUCUGUAUAGUUUUUCCUAGAGUUGGAAGUAGAUUUUUGUGUCAUUUGUUAUUAAUUAAAUUUUUUUUUCCUGGGGAAUUCUCGUUUGCAGAGUUAGUACUCUUAAAUUAAAGCCCACAAAAUGUUUAUUGCCACUGGUAUCAUGCAUUUAUAAUCAAGCUUGAGCUUGAAAUUUUCAACAGCUAUUCAGGUAAGAGCACUUUGAGAGUAUAAAUGUUUAAUGUAUGUUCUUUUCUAGUAACAGUAGUACCAAGCUUAGAGGUUUGUAGGCUUAAUUUAUUUGUACAUAAGUUAUGAGAAUAAAUGACAAAUAUUGAUGA